AUGGCACAGAUGGAAGCGAGCCGGACGCACGAAUUUGAAUUGCAGCAGCCGCCUAGCGAUGGCAUCUCGCGAGUGCGAUUCGUCCGUGAUUCUCACCUCCUCCUGACGUCAUCUUGGGACGGGGGUGUGAGGCUUUACGAUGCUGCACAGAACCAGUUGAAGGAUCAGUACUCGCACAAGGCUGCCGUGCUCGACGUGACGUCGGCUGGCCGAUCACACGCCUUCUCCGCCGGCAUGGACCGAAGGGUUGUCAUGCACGAUUGGACAACGCAAACGGAGUCGAUCUUUGGCACACACGAGAAAGCCGUUCGCUGCCUCGAGUACAGUGAGCCACAGGGUCUUCUAUUUUCGGGAAGCUGGGACAGCACGGUUCAGGUGUGGGACGUGAGCGCGCGUCAGUGCGUCCAAUCCAUUGCCCUGCCCGACAAGGCCUAUACGAUGGACGUAUCGGCCAGCAGGCUGAUUGUGGGCUGUGCCGACCGCCAAAUCUGGGUCUGGGACCUCAGAAACCUCAACGCCCCCUCCGAGAAGCGCCAGUCAUCGCUCAAGUUCCAGACCAGAUGCGUCAAGCUGUUCCCUGACGACACUGGCUACGCUACGGCGUCGAUUGAGGGCCGAGUGGCGAUCGACUACUUCAGCGCCGAGCAGCAGGACCGCAAGUACGCCUUCAAGUGCCACCGAGCCACGAUAGACGGCGUUCACACGGUGUGGCCGGUCAACUGCAUCGCCUUCCACCCCAUCGGCACCUUCGCCACGGGCGGCUGCGACGGCUACGUGAACGUGUGGGACGGCCAGAACAAGAAGCGACUCUGCCAAUUCCACAAAUAUCCCACGAGUAUCGCGUCGCUGGACUUUAGCAGCGACGGACAGUACCUCGCCAUCGCGUCGUCCUACACGUUCGAAGAGGGAGAAAGAGAUCAUCCGCUGGAUCAGGUGUUCGUGCGGCAGGUCGCUGAAGCCGAGGUCAAGCCAAAGGCGAGGGGACAGUGA